AUGGUACUGUGUUAUUUUGCUUCCCAUGCCUACAAGUUCUCAUAUGUGAAUGUGGGGUCCUCUGGAAGGAACCACGAUUCAGCAGUACUUCAGAGGUCCAGCCUACCUGCUGUAAUCAACAGUACCCUCUUCAACACAUUCACAGUGACCUUGCAAGGUGUGGAUGUGGGUCCUGUCAUACUGUGUGACCAGGCUUUUCCGCUGCGGCAACACCUAGUGAAGCCGUAUCCGGACAGGGCUACAAACACACCACAAAAGCAAGAGUUCCACACCCUAGUCUCUGGUGCAAGCCGAGUCGUGGAGACCACAUUUGGAAUGCUGAAAGCGAGGUUCAGGAUUUUACACGAAGGACUUGAGCAUGGUAUUGACAGCUGUACCACCAUCAUCAGAGCCUGCUGCAUCCUCCACAUCAUCUGUGAGGACAUCAACGACGUAGUUGAGCAACACUGGAUUGAAGAGUGCAGACAUCUCCCAAGAGAUAUGCCGCAACAUCACACAUCUACUGCUACGGAAAGCGUAGCACGUGUUCGUGAUGCCCUUGCGCAGCACCUGUACUGCAUGAAGACCACAGCCUAA